UGAUUCUUUUCUGUCAGUGUCACCGUACAUCACAUCACGUCGCCCUGCUGUUGCCAAAUAGUUGAUUUUGGCAAUAUCCUUAAAAUCUUAAUCACUAUCUUUUCGAAUUGAUAAAUCACAUUUUCGUAACCACAAUGACAAUGGGUGAUGAACUCCCUGUUACUUCUUUAGUUUUACCCGUUCUCAUACGUCCCGUCUUAACUCAGCUAGAGAAAUAUGACCUGGGAGCCUCUCAAACGCUUCGUGCGGCUCUGACAAAGGCAGAAGCUGCAGUUCCAGGCCUCAACUAUGAUUUGGUGGCAGGUAUCAUGAGAAGAGCUGAUAUACCUGUUAACAUGAAUGAGAGCUUGCUGCGGCUGCAAGGAACACUAACUGAGGCUGAAUGUGCAGAUUUGAGACUGAACAGAACUGAAGAAGCAUUCCAAGAAUUAAACAAAAAGUCAACAGCUUUAAAGAAAAUUCUGAGUCGCAUUCCAGAUGAGAUAACAGACAGAAAGACCUUUUUGGAAACUAUUAAGGAAAUUGCUUCAGCAAUUAAGAAGCUCCUGGAUGCAGUGAAUGAAGUAUCUACUUACACACCAGGAACAGGAAAGCAGGUUCUAGAACAAAGGAAGCGUGAGUUUGUGAAAUACUCCAAGAGAUUCUCUAACACGUUGAAGGAAUACUUCAAGGAAGGACAGGCCAAUGCAGUGUUCGUGAGUGCUUUGUACCUGAUACACCAAACUAAUCAAAUCUUAUACACGGUUAAAAGUAAGUCUGAGUAACGCGCAUUUGAGACAGUAUUAAAAUUUUAACCAUUUGUAUUAUGUAUCACUGUCUUUAAAUAUAAAUGCAUCUGUUACUGUUUUGUUGUUAUAUAAGUUGGGCACGCUAAUAUAUAUUUUUGUUAAUAUAUUUUGGUAGAAAGGAGGAGUUAAUCAUAUAAAGAAAAUUAUGUAAAUAAUAUAGUUAUUCUGAAUACCUAUGAUUGUAUAAUUAAUAAAAAUAUUUAGAACAUGAUUUGGUGAGAUAUUUGAUAAGUAUUCUGUAUCAUUGAUUUAUUGUGAAGUACAUUAAAGUAGCAAUCUGUUUUUUUAAAUUGUCUGUUGUAAUCAUACGUAAAUAAAUCAAAAUCUGUAGUUUAGAGUACCCAGGCGUUUGAAUUGGAACGACUGGCUAUCUAGCUAUUUUACUAUACUUUCAAUAUUUCUUGUACAGUAUAUUGUUUGCGUUGUAAUAGGUAUAAAUUUCUUAAUUUAUUUAGCACUUCUUAAAUCUUUUUUUAUUUUAAAUUAAUUUAAAAAACUGUAGAGGUAUGUUUUGGGAUUCUAAUUUAGAAAACUCCCUGGAUGAAUCAUAUGCUGUUAAAGCUCGGUAAUUUUUACCAUUUCCUACGUAAUAAUUGGUUUAACACCUGAUAUUGACCCAACUGAUUCUGUUUAUGACAACUGAUAUACCUGAAUAGUUAUUUGUGUUACAAGUGAGCAAAGUUGUUGUUUGCUGCGAGUGCAGCUUCUGUGUCCGAAACAACCGAAGGACUUUAUUUGAUUCAACAGUAGCGUGACUUAUCCUUAUCAUAAUUUUUAUAAUUCCAAUUUGACUGGUACUGGUCAAGAAAUUUUUUGUGGUGGUUCUUACUAGAUUCCAGGCUCUAAACAACAAAGUUUUGCUGGUGAGGAUGGGAGUGGUUAUAUAAACAAAAGUAUUUUAUUUCAGUCGUAUUGUUAAAUAUAUCGGUGCUUGCAUGUCGUCUGUCUCGAAAUAGACCUUGACUUGUUGGAAGAUACCAUCCAAUUUUUUUUUGUAUCUACAUAAAUACCUACAGCCACUUAUAUGACAAAAAUAUUAAUUUUGUUUUUGAAAAUAGUUUCAUGUUUAUGGUCCCAGUCCGAUUCCAUUCUUCUAGCUAGGCGCCUGGUCGGUUGUAAAGCAUAGUUGGUUACACGUUGGUAGAUUUGUCGGUAUAGUUAUACCAUAAGUCAUUAUAUACGUAGGUUACUGUAAUCUGUGGUUAACUUUGUCUCACUGGGGAGUAAAAAUCUUUUUUUCUCACUGUCUGUAAACACAAUAACAUGUUUGAGUUAUUGAAGGGAAAAAACCUAUUUAUUACUAUAGGUACUGGUAUUAUUUUUAUAAAUAAGCAAAAAAAUAUUAAAGUAUUACACAAGUAAGGAUUCUAAUUGUUUAAAAAUACUUGAUUAACCAUUAUUAUGAUGGGAUUGUUAUGGUAACAAUCGUCUAUUCUUUUAAUAUAUAAUAACAAUAAAGUUAUAGUUAACAGUG